AUGUUGCUUGAAGGUAAAGCCUCUGAAGUAGAGAAGGAUACUCACUCUCAUGCCAAAACCGCUCUGAGAUAUCAGCAAGUAUCUGAGGCAAACUUGAAAGCUGAAAAGGAAUCGGAAAUCAAAAAACCAAAUGAGGUCUUCGACGAUGAAGGAAACCCAGUUACUGAACCAGUAGACACUAUUGAUGUUGACACUCUGGAUGUAGAGGAUAUCACUCAAGUUGCGCACCACAUACGAGGCAGUCAAAUUGGUGUCGGUGAACUGGAAAAAUAUAAUGGUCAACCGGCGUUGCGAAAGCGUACGCUUCGAUUUCGUUCACACGUUUUUCAGGAAUUGGAUAUCCCCAGCAUUUUUUAUGGCGAAGUGUUUCCUUGUACUUGUGAAAAGAACGGCGUGCGUUCAUAUUUACAGAAGAGGUUUCGCUACGGCUUCAUCCGGGAAAGGAAUAGAUGGCGUCUAUGGACUUGCGCAAUGCAGAAACGACCUGUCAAAGGAGGACUGCAUUUCCUUGUACUUGUGAAAAGAACGGCGUGCGUUCAUAUUUAUAGAACAGAGGAUUCGUCUGCAACCUGUGUAAAAUUUAAUCUGCGCACCUUCGUCAUGCCAAGAGCCAGCCCCUCAUGGCUUGCCUUGUGUGCACUCUUUAUUUCUGCCAUGCCCAAUUUUGUUCUACUUUUAGUAGCCGAUCCCUAUAUUACACAGGCUGUUUAUAGCUGUAGUUUGAUUACAUAUGCAAAUGCCACCUCUUUCAAGGAAAACCUAAACAUCGUUUCCUCGUUGCUAGCCGAAAACAUUUCUUCAACAGGGUUCGCUACGGCUUCAAAUGGGAACGGCAUAGAUGGUGUCUAUGGACUUGCCCAAUGCAGAAACGACCUGUCAAAGAAGGACUGCAGUACGUGCUAUGCGGCUGCACAAAAUCAUAUUGUUACGUACUGUCCUGUCCACACUGGGGCACGUAUGGCUUUCGACGGUUGUUUUUUGCGUUAUGAGAAUUUCAGUUUCUUUGAUCAAGCACUGGAUGCCGGCUACUCCAACGUGUGCAUCUCUGACGCCUCCUCAAGCCCUAAACUUUUUAAUGAAAUCGUAUUGAGGUUGCUAGCUGACCUCAGAUCCAAGGCUCUCAAAAACGGGGGUUUUGCCACUGAUGACAUGAGUGCCGAUGGAUUACCGACGGCCGUUUAUGGACUGGCUAUGUGCAGGCGGACGCUUAAUACCAGUAGCUGUGACCUUUGUCUGCAGCACGCUGCUCGGCUCAUACGAGGGUGCCUAUCACUACACUUGCAAGAUGGAAGGGCUCUCGAAGCCGGCUGUUAUUUGCGCUACUCCACCAUUGCCUUUUUACCCACCAACUCUUCUUCCUGUUUGGAUAUUAUUGUUUCUACAGCAAUUCCUUCGAAGAUUGUGCUCAUCUUGGUCGGAACAUUGGGGGGGGCGGCUCUCCUUGCUGUAUUAUGGCUGUUGUUUAAGUCCAGGCAUUCAUUUCGAAAUUUAGACACUGGAGUCGCUCCCGGCCGCAGCCGGCGUGAUGAAGCAGUGGAAUAUUUUAUUGCCGAGGAAGUCACUUCCUGGGAUCAUCCCUUUAGCUAUGGUUCAAUUCGAGCUGCAACUAACAAUUUCGAUCCAAAUAUAAAAAUUGGUGGAGGAGGAAAUGGCCAAGUUUAUAAGGCUAAAUUCAACGAUGGCCGGGAGGUUGCAGUGAAAAAGCUUAACCUCAGGAGCACGUUGGACGAGUUCUGUACAGAAGUGGACCUUGUCGGUGCACUUCGUCACCAUAAUCUUGCCUGUUUGUUUGCGGGUUUCAGAAGAGGAGAAGAGAAGCUACUGGUUUAUGAGUUCUUCCCAAAUUUGAGCCUUGACAAGCAUCUCUUCGCAAAUACGGCGAAACCAGUAAGCUGGAGAAAGCGAUUUGAGAUCAUUUUGGGAACGGCGCAUGGGCUUGCGUAUUUAAACGAAGAAUGCCGUCCUAGAAUCUUGCACAGGGAUAUCAAAGCUGCCAACAUACUUCUGGAUAACGAAUUUGAGCCGAAAAUUGCAGAUUUUGGACUGGCAGCUCACUUUCCAGACGACCAGACAUGUCAUACUACAAGAGCCUGUGGUACCAGGGGGUAUAUAGCACCAGAAUAUGCUAUUCACGGUCAUUUGUCAGAUAAGGUGGACGUGUACAGCUACGGCAUGCUAGUUCUGGAAAUUGUGAGCGGAAGAAAGCAUAUUGAUUCUACACUUCCAGCAGACAUGGAGUUCCUUUUAGGAUGGGCAUGGAAUUUAUACAAGAAAAGUGAGGCAUUUAGCGUGGUGGACCGAAAAAUAAUUGAGGAAGAGGCGGAGGUGAAUAAAGAAGAGAUAUUAAAGGUAAUCCAGAUUGCUUUUCUGUGCACGCAACGUGCUCCUGAAAUGAGGCCACUAAUGUCCAAAGUGGUGUCUCUGCUUACAAGUAAUACAGAGAUUUUACCUCAGCCCAUUCGCCCAGCUUCUAUUGACGACAACUCCACUUAA